AUGGACCUCUCCCUCUCUCUGCGUACGGGGAAAAAAAGCAUGGGCGAGUAUUCCUCCCGGUCCAUCAAACGGAGAGUAGAGACAAUAGACAGAAGCCUUGACCUUGAUAAAUACGUGGAAAUUGCCAAACAUUGCAAAUAUUUGCCGGAAAACGACCUAAAGAGAUUAUGCGAUUAUGUUUGUGAUCUACUGCUGGAAGAAUCUAACGUUCAACCGGUUGUUACACCAGUUACAGUUUGUGGAGAUAUUCAUGGUCAGUUUUAUGAUCUUAUUGAGCUCUUCAGAACUGGAGGCCAAGUCCCGGACACAAAUUACAUUUUCAUGGGGGAUUUUGUAGACCGAGGGUACUAUAGUUUGGAGACGUUCACGUACCUGCUGGCUUUAAAAGCUAAGUGGCCAGAUCGCAUCACGCUCCUUCGAGGAAACCACGAAAGCCGUCAGAUAACUCAAGUGUAUGGCUUUUACGAUGAAUGUCAAACAAAGUAUGGAAAUGCUAAUGCCUGGAGGUACUGCACAAAAGUCUUUGACAUGCUGACCGUUGCUGCUUUGAUAGAUGAGCAAGUCCUGUGUGUCCAUGGUGGCCUUUCUCCUGACAUCAAGACCUUGGACCAGAUCCGAACUAUCGAACGCAACCAGGAGAUUCCUCACAAGGGGGCCUUCUGUGAUCUUGUGUGGUCAGACCCGGAGGAUGUGGACACCUGGGCCAUCAGUCCUCGAGGAGCUGGCUGGCUGUUUGGCUCCAAAGUCACAAAUGAGUUUGUUCACAUCAACAACUUGAAACUCAUCUGCCGUGCGCACCAGCUGGUUCAUGAAGGUUACAAGUUUAUGUUCGACGAGAAGCUGGUCACCGUGUGGUCAGCACCCAACUACUGCUACCGCUGCGGGAACAUCGCCUCCAUCAUGGUGUUCAAAGACGUCAGCAGACGAGAGCCCAAGCUGUUCCGUGCCGUCCCCGACUCCGAGCGCGUCGUACCCCCCCGGACAACCACCCCUUACUUCCUUUAAUGACGGGGGACCUUUUCUCUCCUGCUAUGUCUUAGCGUCUUCUAGGGAUUUCACCUUUCAGGACUUAUUUAUACGCAUCACACCUCAAAUAACCCACGGCAAUAACAUGCCUUUUAGGGCAUGGUCAGUAUGGAAUGGUGUGUUUGCACCACUUUCACUCUGUGCUUUUUGCAGAAAGCUCAUGUAAAGAUAGAUGUUUUUAAGUGUAGCAGUUUGCUUUUAUGCUUUUCUUAAGUGAAAAUAAUUUUGUUGCAUGAUUAUAUUUACUUUAGAGUAAACUCUUGCUUGUGUUUGAACACUGCGAAAUCCAUUUUGUACUGUACCAUAUUAGCUGCUGAGCCCAUUGUAAAAACAUUCUUUCUUAAGUACUAGUUACAUUUUUAAAUUUAAAUUUUUGAUUUUAUUCAGUUUAAAAUGCAUGACCGCACUAAGGUUGUCCAUUUUCCCGCUGUGUUGUCAAAUUAUAUAGAUUUUUUUUUUUUCCUAUAUGUACUUUGGGAUCAGUUUCAACUUUGAAAUUUUAGUAUUGUGACAAUCCUUGACUGCACAAGCUCUAAUUUCAAAUAAACACAAGCGUCUGUCAGAAGAAUUUGUAAACGAUCUUCAUUCAGUUAUCAAUUAAAUUCUU